CAACGUCCUCGAGGAGAGGUAGUUUUACAUUUUCAGGCCACAUCGUCUUCGUAUUAAGGGGGCACAAGUGAAAAAGUGAUAGUAUGUCUGCAAAGGGGGCGACAGUGCUGGCAAAGACAAAGACCCAAUUAGAAGAUGCUCUCAAGAACCAUGAACUGUCCCAGAAGAAGCUGCUCUCUGUUGAGGCUCAACUCAUCUCAAACAUAUUGGAAAACUGCAUCAGUCAAGUUGAGAUUGCAGCCACUCUGCCUGCUGUUCUCCAGUUAAACAGUGUGUCCAAUGUUGUGGACGAGGAGUUGAGUAGGGCACUUCAAGAGCAUCAAAUAUUAGAUAGUAGACUGGAGACACUGGAAGGUCUCAAGCAGGAGUCAAAUGGGGAACAAGACGGAGAAGAUGGGAAAGCAAGGGCUCAGCUUGAGAAGGACGUCAAGAACUCUGUCAGGGAUCUGCUCAGGGUUGUCCGAGCCCAUCCAGAUGCCAUUUGUGGCUUGCGGGCAGAGCUAGGUAUGGAAGUAGGGGAGAGUGAGUACAUACUAAUUAGAGGGCUUGAGAAGUUUCACCGCUAUGUGGUAGAAAAGUUGAUGACCAGUUUGGAUGAGGAGUUACAGCUGGUUCUCAACAAGCAGGUGUCUUCAUCCACUGCCCACGAUCUGGAGAUCAUAGUUUCACAGGAAGGAGAAGUAGCUACAGCCAUGAAGCAAAUAGAUGCAACGAUUUCUCAGAUAAAUGAUGAGAUAAAAGCAAUGCAGAGUUCUCUGCAAGAUAACAUGAGUCAAGAAGCGGGUAUGUCAUUUCUUGCCGACAAGCAGUGCCAGUCACAUAUCAAGACAUCAAAGAUGAAGCACAGCAGUUUACAACGGGAGAAUGAUCAACUGAACAGUCAGCUCAACGACUUGAUCCUUAAAAACAGGGAGGCAGAGAGAGUAAUUCAAGAGGAAAGUGAAAUCGUGGAGAAGGAAAUUGAAUACUUGCUCCAAACUUUUGACGAUGAAAUAGAAAAAGAUCAGGCCAACUUGGAGUUGAAUGGAAUGGGUUAUGAAAUGGAGGAGGAGGAGCUGAAGAAGCUGGAGGAAUCCUUUUCUGUCCUAGAGGUGGAGAGCAACCAGAUCCUGGAGAAGCGUCGGCUGGCAGAAGAGAAAAGAAGUAUGGAAAUGAUAGAGCUGGAGUUGAAGACCAAAGCUGCUAUUUUUGCCCAAGCCUGGUGGAGAGGCUACAGUACUCGCAAGGCGUUAAAGAACAAGGGCAAGAGCAAGAAGGGCAAAAAAGGCAAAGGCAAGAAGACCAAAUAAACCACUGCCUAGGUCCAUUACUCUGGUGCUACACAGUCACACACUCUACCUGUUGAGCAUGAAUGUUUUAUAAAAAAAAACACCAUUAUACUCCAUAUUCAGUUUGUGUUUUUAUGUGUUGUUUUUAAUAAAGCUCUUUAUGUUUUAAA